CAGAGGUUGGAAUGUUCCCUUGUACAUAAUAGUCAUUUAGAAACACAGAAGGACAUAGUACAGACGGAGCUGAUAUUUCUGGGGUACAGGAUGGCUCUGAACAUUGCAGGAACCCUUCUCCUGGUUACUGGGGUCACUCUCCUCAUUUAUCUCAUAAAAUGGUGGAGCAGAGUGAAGCUAAAGAACCUUCCCCCAGGACCUACACCUCUACCGGGCCUGGGGAACAUCCUGCAGAUCAGCACCUCAGAACUACCUCAAUCUUUAGUUAAGCUGAGUGAGAAGUAUGGACCUGUCUAUACCAUCUACACCGCGAACGUUCGGACGAUAAUACUGAUCGGGUACGACGCAGUGAAGGAAGCCUUGGUGGACCGCAGUGACGCAUUUAGUGAUAGGGCAGAUUUAGGAGCAGGAGAGUUUUUUCAUAAGGAUUUUGGGGUCAUUGCAAGCAAUGGAGAAAGGUGGAAAAUCCUUCGUCGAUUCUCCCUGACAACUUUGAGAAAUUUUGGAAUGGGAAAAAGGAGCAUCGAAGAAAGAGUCCAAGAAGAAGCCCGAUGUCUCGCUGAGAAUUUUAUGAAGGGCAAAGAUUCUCCAAUUGACCCUAUACAUAUAUUGCGACUUGCUGUUUCCAAUGUCAUUUGCUCUGUUGUGUUUGGUGAAAGAUUUGACUAUGAAGACCAGAAAUUCAAGAAUCUCUUGUUAUAUAUUAAUGACAUUGCCGAGCUGUUUAACUCCACCUCAGGGCAGCUAAGCAACAUAUUCCCAACUAUAAUGAAGUACAUUCCUGGACCCCACCAGAAGAUUUAUAGCUAUCUAGGCAACAUUAAACAAUUUGUUAAGGAAAAGGUGGACACCCACAAAGCCACCUUGGAUGAGAACUGCCCUCGUGACUUCAUCGAUUGCUUUCUAAUGAAGAUGGAAGAGGAAAAAAAGAAUCCAGACACAGAGUUCCAUGAUACAAACCUAGCGGCAACAAUUCUAGACUUAUUCUUUGCUGGAACAGAGACUACAAGUGUGACAUUGCGAUACGCUUUUCUAAUACUCCUGAAAUAUCCAGAAAUACAAGAAAAGAUCCACAAAGAGAUUGACGAUGUCAUAGGUAAAGAUCGCUGUCCAUCAAUAGACGAUAAGACUAAAAUGCCCUAUACAGAAGCCGUAAUUCAUGAGAUCCAGAGGUUUGCUGAUAUUGUUCCUUUAGGAGUGCCCCAUGCCACCAGCAAAGACACAACCUUCAGAGGAUAUGAUAUUCCAAAGGGAACAAUGGUAUUUCCAGUCCUGACCUCUGUCCUGAAAGACCCCAAACAAUUCAAGAACCCAGAUGAGUUUGAUCCUGGACAUUUUCUUAAAGAGAAAGAUUCCAUUAAGAAAAGUGAUGCAUUGAUGCCAUUCUCUGUAGGUAAACGUAUGUGUAUGGGAGAAGGCCUGGCCCGCAUGGAGCUCUUCCUCUUUCUAAUCACUAUACUACAAAAGUUUACGUUGGAGCCCACCAUAGACAGAAAGAAUCUGAGUAUAAGACCAAAGCCCAAAACCAAUGGUUCAAUGCCUCAAUCAUACAAGAUGAAUGUUGUCCCUCGUUUCUGAGUUGAUGACAAAGUUCUUGCAUAAAGGAAACAAAGAAGAUCUAUAAUUUACAAAACUACUACUCUAAUAGUUUAAGGAGAAUGACUGAAAGACUUAUUUCCAGCAAAAAUAUAAAAAUUUCUUAUUUUUGUUUCUGUAUUGGUAAUUUCGGAAUCAAUUUACAAUGUAAUAUUCUCCACAUAUGUAAUUAUUUUAUAUAAUAAAAACAUCAUAUUGUACUGUG